CGGCUGCCUUCCUGCCGGGGAUGUUGCAGGAGCGCCCGGGGAGAGAUCACAUCACCUGGGAAUAAAAUAAUAAUCAUAAUAACAAUAAAGAAAGAAGUCCCGUCAUGGAUUCCAACACGGACGGCACUGCGUCAUAAAGUGUUGUUGGAGCAGCAGCACCAUGUAUGAGCGCAAGAGCUCCCCCUUACCAGCGCCUGUUCUCCUCCUGCCUUUCCUUUUCCUGUCAUCCUGCCUGGAGUCUCCCCACCGCCCCCAGGUCCCCACCCUGGUCCCUCACCGGCCAACCCCUCUGGUGCGCUCCCGCUUCAGCGCCCACCCUCAUCUGGCCCUGACGACGCACUGCAACUCCAGCUGCUUCCACAGAGGAGACGGCCGCCAGGACGCCGACAACUUGGCCUUCGAGACCCUCUACUGGGAUGGCUCUCGCACGCUGACCACAGUGGACGUGGAGGGGGCCGGUCCCGUGAGGACGGGACCCCGACGUAGGCGUGUGAGGCGUCAGAUCUACGGCGCCGACGGUCGCUUCAACAUCCAGGGCAACAAGUUCUUGCUGGACUAUCCGUUCUCUGCGGCCGUACACAUCUCCACAGGUUGCACCGGCGUCCUGGUUUCUCGCUGGCACGUCCUGACCGCCGCUCAUUGCCUCCACGACGGCAAAGAUUACGUUAAGGGGGCGCGCAAGCUACGGGUGGGAUUCCUCAUCCCGCCGUCAGUCAAUGCAACUGGAAUUCAACCUUCGUCCGGGAAGAAACCGAUGGUGCGCUGGGUGCGGGUGAGGCGUACCCGGGUACCCAAGGGAUGGAUCCAGGGCCCCCAGGAGCUCAGCAUGGACUUCGACUACGCCCUUCUGGAGCUGCGCUGGCCCCACCGCCGGGCCUUCAUGCGCCUGGCUGUCGCGCCUUCCCUGGAGGGGUUGGCGGGCCGACGGAUCCACUUCUCGGGUUUUGACAGCGACCGACCCGGAGAGCUGGUCUACCGCUUCUGCCCUGUAGAAGAAGAGUCCAGCGACCUGAUCUACCAGCACUGCGACGCCCGGCCCGGGGCCAGCGGGUCGGGGGUGUACGGCCGCGUGUGGGACAACUCCUUGGAACGCUGGGAGAGGAAAGUCAUCGGGAUCUUUUCGGGACACCAGUGGCUGGAGGUGGACGGCGAGAACCGCGACUACAACGUGGCCGUCCGCAUCACUCCGCUCAAGUUUGCGCAGAUUUGCUACUGGCUGCACGGAAAUCGUGUGGACUGUUCGGAGGACUGAGGCCUUCGACUGGAAGGAAGCCUUUUCUCAUGAAUUAACACUCGUAGGUAGCCAACACCACCAGAGGGAAACAUAUUCCCAUUUUUUGCCCACACACGACGAUAAGAAAUCAGCAUGUUUGUGCCAAUUACUCUUCUAGUGUAUUGUCGGAAAAUCACUCAGUGCACCAUGAGUAACAAGUCACUUUGGAGAAUCUUUUACAGACCCCAAACAAUCAUGCGAUUGCCGACUCCGAUCAGAUAAAGACUCAAAUUUGAUGCGAUUAUCACCCCGGUUAAUUGGCCAUCGUUCGAUUUCACCAAACAAGAGACUGACUUAACAUUUCUGAUCAAAAUCACUCUUCACGUACCCCACAGCACUUAAUAUUGGCUCAGGAUUAUCUUUCGGAGACAUCCAGCUAUCCAGCCUUUGGUUAACUUGGCACGAUUUUUGGUACACUUAAUUGCCAAUCACACACUUUACAUCGUAAACAUUUUCGGUUGUUGACCAUGACUGCUUCUGAGGAGGGGGGACUGAUCACCUACCUGUAAUCAUUUGACAUGAAUUUUGAACAUUUACAGACAUUGAUUAGGCUGGGAAAAUGAUCAAUUUACCGAUUUUCAGUUUUUGUAACCACCCACCCCCCAGUUAACCACCACAUCUUUGAAUUUUUCAACUGUGUGGUAUCAGUUCACUUUUUCUUGUGCUUCUAUAGCCAUUUGCAUCGCUUCCGCAGGAAGCAGCUGAAAGUUGUAUUCAUAAAUCUACUACAUCUUUAAGGAUCAGCAGUACAGUAAUGUAUGGGGGGGGUUGAAUCUAAACAGAAUAGAGUUUGACAAUAUUAAUUUAAUUUUUUUGUACAAAUGCCUGAUAUAUUUUAAUAAAGAGAUUUAUAUGACAGCACUGGAAUCGACCGGGUUUGUUUGAAUUCAGUGGUGGUGCUGUGGCGCCCUCGUGUGGUAAUGACCUGGACUGCAACUUAUAAACUGAAUUGAAAAAACUGGAAGUGAUUGCAAUGGAUUU